AUGGCACACUACGAGGCCUUUAAAUACUGUGGGCGUGGAAUGGUGUGCCAUUCGGCUCUCACCUGCAGCAAGGGAAGAAGAAUUCAGGAUCUCGAAGGAUAUUGCAAGACAGGAGGAAGCCAUGGCAAUCCUUCAAGUGGCCAUCGCGACCCUUGUCCUCGCUCGCCAGGCCGCGGCGGAGUGUCCCACCAGCUGGAGUGCGCGGAGAGCAGGCAGUGCGUCUACGGCAACUACAUUUGCGACGGAGGGAACGACUGUCCUGACGGGUCGGACGAGGCGGAGGACUUGUGUCAGGCUUGGAGUCAUGGAGACAGCAUGUGCGGUAAAGGUUAUAUUGCUUGCACAAACUUCGGUAGUCUCUCCUGUUACGACGUCCUAAGUUAUUGCAGUCAAACCCACCCACCUUGUGAGAGUGACUUGGAUAAGCGUAUUUGUGAGAUCUUAAUUAGUGGGAAGCUACAACCUCUAUCGUCUUUUAACACUGAGGAGAUAAGCCAGGUUACUUUUGAGGUCGUGGAGGCGCUGCAUGACCUCUUCUUAAGCCAGGUCAACGUAACCUUCGGCCACCCAGACUGUCCCGUUCCUUACACUCUUGUAGGCGGUCGGUGUGUCUCCAUAUUUUUUCCAGCAAAGGUCGACUGGGGAGCAGCUAAGGCCUUUUGCAGCAUCGUCGGCGGUGAUCUGUUGACGCUGCAACACCCCGAAGAUUUCCAUGCCCUUGUUACCCACCUGCAGAAAAACAACAUGGUAACCGAUUUUUGGCUGGGAGGAUUCUUGCGCAACCAGACGGAGGGUUGGACCUGGCUGGACGACGCCCCCGUGGAGUUGGGUUCCCCCUUUUGGGCCCUCAGACACACGGAGGAGUGCCACAAGAGGAACAUCACUCUGAAGGGUAACAUCACCCUUCACGUCAACGAAGGCGAGUGCUACUACUACACGCAGGCGCCCCAGAAUCCGCCGGUGGGUCACUGCCUCGCCCUCACCUACGGCAACUAUUUUUACAUGAGCGACGAGCUUUGUCUCGAGAAGAGGAGUCCCUUGUGUGUUGCCGCUGCGCCCUAGGUGGGGAUGCCACGUCGGGAGGGCCAGGUGGUGGUGCUUUGUUCCCUUAAGAGGGUUGUUGGUGGUGGGAGGUAGUCGUGCUUCCCCUUCGGUUCAGUAUGUGUUCAGGGAAUACACCAGCAGUAUAGAUAUGUGAUCAGUGGAUUUGAUUAUAUCAGAUAUACGAUAUAUAAGCAUCAAUAUAUAGGACAUAAAUGUGUGUGUGGGGGGGGAUAGGCAAAAAAUGACCGAUCGUAUAUAGACAAACAC